AUGCGACGUGCAGGCUCUGGCAAAGUGAAGUGGAACUACGAGAAAGUGCAGGGCAUCGCCAUGGCCAUGCGGGAGCACCUGCCGUUGGCAGUGAGAGACUUGAUAGAAGGCCCCAAUUGGAGGGGUGGCGCCAUCGUCCGACUCGAGUCAGACGUGGCACGACCGAGUGCGCUUGAGGUGUCCCGGCACUACUUCCUCCUGAAGCCUUGGGUUCAAGCACUCCCCACCACAGUGCCGAGCGCUUUUAUGAUCACUGACACUUUGCUACUGCUGAACCAGUUGCUCGAGCUGAAGCUCUUCCCUGUCAAGCCGGUUGAGUCAGUGAUCAACAACGCGGCCGCCGAGGCCGUGAAGAUCAAGAAGCUCCUUCAAGCUUUGAGGUACCUUUUUCGAUCGAGCGGCUCAAUUGCAGAUCGGUUCACGAAGGCAGGUAAGAACAGUCGCUUCACGAGAAUCGCGGAUUUGAAGCACGACCUUCGACCGAAGGAGAAGACACCUACGCCUACGAAGACGGAGGCGAAGACGGAAGGGGACAAGGCGGUCGAUGCCGAGUACCUCGCCUCGAUUGCCGACGAGGAGGCCGCUCCGAUUGCAGAUGUGGCUGUGGCUGCAUGGGAUCGAGGCUUCGUUAGUGCAAUUCCGCCGUGGCAGUUGGGAGAUCGCUCCGAAGAUGAUGAAGAGGACUUCUCGGACAAGGACUCAAUGAUUUUGCUGGCUGAACUGACCUCGGAGGAGGAGUUCAGUGAUGCUGAAGAUCCUCUAGAUCUCAAGCUCGAGGAGCUGCAGGCCGGUAUGUUCCCGCCAGAGGAUCCGGAGAAGACGGCCUCCUUUGCCGGAGCGUCGGAUGUUCCGUCGCCGCCGAGCUCUGCCGGCUCAUGCUCCGAGGAUAUGGAGAUGAUUGCCAGUGGCAAGAGAUUGCCACAGGACACCCGAAGUGGCAGCGACAUGGAGCCGCACACAUCACCGGAGAAGGAUGAAGCGACCGACCUCGAGAAGGCCGAGCAGAUCCUCAGUGAGGAAGCCUCGCAGGAGCAGACCGAGGCCGACGUGGAGCCGAAGAAGCGCCGAUCCGCUUUGAAGGAGUUCCCAUACGGGAACAAGGAUGCCAGGUCGUCUCGACAGGCUGGCAUUGGGCCGAAGAAGAGGAAGGGCCAGGAUGUGCAUGACUCGUCCAAGGACAGUGAGAUGCAGGAUGAGCAAAGCGAAGCCUACAUUGGGCCGAAGAAGAGGAAGGAGCAGGAUGCGGAUGACUCGUCCGAGGACAGUCAGAUGCAGGAUCAGCAAAGCGAAGCCUACAUUGGGCCGAAGAAGAGGAAGGACCAGGAUGCGGAUGACUCGUCCGAGGACAGUCAGACGCAGGAUCAGCAAAGCGAAGCCUACAUGGGGCCGAAGAAGACUGGGGACCAGGAUGCGCAUGACUCGUCCGAGGACAGUGGGGAUCAGCAAAGCGAAGUCGACAUUGGACCGAAGAAGACUGGGGACCAGGAUACGCAUGACUCGACCGAGGAUCAGCGAAGCGAAUCCGACAUUGGACCGAAGAAGACUGGGGAUCGUGAUGCGAGCGACAGCGACGUGCAAGGGCCUGGAGAGUCCAGCUCAGAGAAGGUGCUGCCAGCGAUAGGCUCGCCCGGUGAGGAUCUGCCCAGCGACUUCGACAGCCCGGGCCAGGAUGAGUGGGUGAAAGAAACCAUGCUGGAUGACGAUGAGGUGGACUUGGCGGCUAAGUUUUGGAGCUCCAGCGAGGAUGAUGCCAAAGAUGAGCCACCUCGUGCCCAUGAUCCCAAGGAUGACCCACCGGAUAUCUUUGCUGCCGGAAGCCCGUCCGGUUAUGCAGCCAGUGCCGAAGAGGCCGAUAGAUGGAAGCAAGACAGCCUUUUGAAGGAUGGAAGCUCACCCCUGGGAGAUGAAGCAGACUUGGAGUUGGACUCCAUGCUCGGAGCCGACGGCCGCGAUGAUGACCUGACGGCUGUUGGGGUGCAGAAGAAGCCGACGAGAAAGAAAGGCCAGGCCAAGAGCAGGGCUUUGCCGAAGAAGGUCAAGAAGGCCGGCUUCAACCGCAAAGGCGGCAGGCGCAAGAGGAAUAAGGUGGCCAAGAUCGCGAAGAAGGCCAAGGAGAUGGAGGAGGCGGCAACCGAGCCGUGUCGCCACGGCUCCUACGACCUCACGGCGCUUGGCAUCCCGAAGGACGCGCUGCCCCAGGGGGACAAGGCAAACAAAGGAGCACACUCGUAUACGGUGGCCUCGCCGGGAAACGAGUGUGCCGUGGAGGUGUUGCUGAGGAACCGCGCUUUCUACAGCAAGCGGCUUGCGACGGGUGCUCCGGGCCCCCGAGGACAGGUCGGGUGGGCUACUUUCCACGGUGUCGAAGCCGCGUGGUCCGAAGUGAAGAAAAGGGUCGGAUGGAGUGAUCAGUGA